CGGCAUUAUUCACGAAUGAAAACAUGUCAGUUGAUAACAACGGACAAAUACCGGUAAAAUUCGUACAAACUUGACUGAAAAUUUACAGAAUUCAAGAGGUCCAGGGAAAGUCGAAACGAGUUCGACUUAUCGACGAUUUCAUCAGGAGGAUUUAAAAGGAAUCAAAUGGCGAGGACUCUAACGAUGGCUCUCAACAUGUCACAAAUAGAGAGGUUAAUAGUGAGGCCAAUCGAAGAUAUGCUUACCGUGGAGAAUAAUGAUUUUAUAAUGAAAAAUAUCAACGAAGAAUACGAAGAUAAGCCGGAAGGCAACAUGGGAUUUAAAAAGAGAAUUGUACCAGUAAUUACUAUAGAAGAAACGGAGGAUAACGUACUUCUCGAUAGAAAUCUAACCUAUGAUGAUGGCGCGAAAAAGUGGGAUCAGAUUUCAGAGCAUCAAACGGGGAUAUUAGUGGAUGAAGCGUUUGAAAUCGAGGAAAACCCACAUAUUGACAUUAAGGAAAAAGAAGAGCGGAAAGAAGUAAUUAAUUGGAGACUGGCUCCAGUGGAUCAUGCAACAAUAGCAUGGCAUAGAGAACUACAAAUGAAUGAGGUACAAAUGGAUAAGCCAUGCACAGAGCAAUCUCAUAUGGAACAGCCACAUACGGAGCAACCACAUGCGGAACAACCACAUACAGAGCAACCACAUGUGGAACAAUUACAUGUGGAGCCACCACAUGUGGAGCUACUACAUGUGGACGAGUCGCAAGAUCUACAGGUAAUCAAUCCUGUGACAAUGACGUCAAGUAGUAUGUUGCAAACACAAGAUAGUGAAUUCAAAACCAUUGAGGAGAUAAAGGAAGAGGAGCAACGACUGAUGACGGAAAUCGAAAGACGAGGUGAGCUGCAGAAAACGAUUAAUGAAAGGGUUGCAAGAAUUAAAAAAAUGCGUGAGUUUUUGGAGAAAUUCGAUAACAUUGAAGAAACUGAGGCUAAAGAGGAGAACGCAGAGAUGGAGAAACGACUAAAUGAAGCGAUAGAAGCUUACUUGACGACAGGUGAACAAAGCAAAAAUUUCAGCGAUAAAUUUACAAUAGUGGACAACAAUGGUCAAAGCAUAUGUGAAGCAUCAAUGGUUGUUACAUUGAAGGACAAAAGACCGAGGAAGAACAUCCGGGAAAAUAAAACGUAUCGGAUAACGUAUGAUAUUACAGGAUCUCAAAUAAAUCGAUCGUACUGCGAGUUUACGGACGAUACCACAUCAUCACAGACAAGCAAAGCUAGAAAGAGAACAGAGACGAGCAGAUCAGAGAUAAUAACACGAUCGAUGAUGAACUUAAGAAGAAAUUUACCAACAAUAUCAAAUUCGAACGAAGGGAUGCAACUCAGAAAAAGGAGAAAUACACAAUGGUCAUUGAGAAAUAGAAAGACUGCUUACAAAUCAAAAAAACGAAAAGAGAACGAUCGAGUGACGCAUGUGAGGAAUGAAAAAGGAAGAAUAGCCACAAAGAAGUAAAAAGGCAAUUCACGAGUGUACAAAACUCACUCGAUAGAUUUCAUCAGAAAUUUUCAAAAACAUUAGAAAAAAUUAUAAGAAACAACAGCUCGCUGAAGCAAAACACAUUCAUUCCAAUUGAGUUAAUUCAAACUGGCAUUCAUCUUGAGUGAGACAGAGGUGGCUAUAACAGAAGAUUUAACUAGAGAACU